GCAUCGGGUAGAAGUCAUGCAGAGGCAGAGGGACGACGAGCGGCGGCAGUUCACAGAGGAGGUCUUGCGCAUUAGGAAGGACAUGAAGAAGGCGGAGCUUGAGAAGAGGCAAGUCGAGGUUCGGCUGAAGCAGCUGGACAAGGGCGUGCAGAGGAAGGGCGA